AUGUGCUCGCAGUCACAAGAAUCCCUCCCAUUGGGGAACUAUAUGUGUAUCCGAAAUCGUACUUUCGCACAGAUCUCUAUGUCCAAAUAUCUUUAUAAACAAUAUGUUCGAUUGGUGACAAAGUGGCCCAAAGACCAAUACAAAAGCCCUGAAAGAGAUCUAGCUGUUUUCCUGGGUAGAGAAGUUGAACGACAAUUCAAAUCUGAUUCGUCAACGCUUGAUGCAGCGCUUUGCGAAAGACGAUAUCGCGCUCUUGAACAAAUAAAUGAGAAUCACACGGCAAAGCUCUACCCGCAUCAGUACAAGUCUGGGGUGUUUGGACUCAAUGCACAGCAGCUGCAGGAAACAAGCACAGAAGAAAAUCGACGACUUUUCGGACUGGGCAGAGAGGGAUUCCUGAGAAGAGUGUGGAAAGUUAUUUUCCCUCCAAAGCGGAAGGAUGCGUCCAACUAA